AUGCAGGGCGGCGAGGACGUGGCGUGGGCCACCCCACGGGUGAGGGGCAGCUCAGGGAAUGGGGCCGCGGCGGCAGCGGCGUCUCAGAGCCGUGCGUCUCUCGCAGCUCUGGCCGUGAAGUUCGCGAAGCGGCAGCGCUCGCCCCACUGCCUGUUGGUGAAGGAGCACCAGGUGCGGGAAGGGACCGACACCGCGCACCCGCCUCGCCGCACGCUCUUCGUUCUGAACGUGCCCCCGUACUGCGGCCCGGACUCUCUGUCUAGGCUGUUCUCUCGCUGCGGGAAUGUGCAGUCUGUGGACAUUUGUGACAAACCUGGGCCAGGAGAGAAAAAAGAUAAAACGGCAUCCAAAUUCUUCGACCACAAAGCUCUAAAGGGAUUUCAAGUAGCGUACGUGGUGUUCAGAAAACCAGCAGCUAUCCAGGCAGCCAAGGCUCUGUCACAGCAAGGUCCCUUGUUAAUAUCAACAGAGAGCCACCCUGUGAAAACCGGCAUUAGCAAGUGGAUCGCCAGCUAUGAGGCCUCCAUCGUGGAUCCGAAGGAGCUGAAGGCUGAGGUGGAUGCCUACAUGCAAGACUAUGAUAAAAAGGUGGCAGAGGAAGAAGCCAAAGCAGCCAAGGAGGAGGGUGUUCCAGAUGAGGAGGGCUGGGUGAAGGUGACCAGGAAGGGCCGGAAGCCCGGCCUGCCCCGCACAGAGGCUGCCAACCUGCGCGUGCUGGAGAAGGAGAAGCAGAAAAGGGCCCGCAAAGAGCUGCUCAACUUCUAUGCCUGGCAGCAUCGCGAGACCAAGAGAGAGCACAUUGCCCAGUUGAGGAAGAAAUUUGAGGAGGACAAGCAGAGGAUCGCACUGAUGCGAGCCCAGCGCAAGUUUCGGCCGUACUAGGUUGUGCUGAGCUGUUCCUCAAGUGCCUGUGCUGGAGAGGGUAGGAGAGAUGCUUACUGACUCCAAAGGAUUUUGAGGAAUUGAGGCAGCUUUGGGUUGCCUUAACUCUUGGAUCUGAACGGGGAGGUCCCAGCACCUGCUGCUGGAGGAGAGUUCCCUUUAUUUGCACCAGUAUCCUUCUGCUCUUCUGUCAUUCAGCCGCAUGGCACCACUUCUUGGGGUGCUCAGGUCAAGGGGCUGAGGCACAUCCUGUGACAGCCUGUAUCUCCCUGCCACCCAAAACCACACCUCCUAAAGCUUGGUGAGAACUUGGAUUGACCUAGCAUAGCCUCUGCAGAGGCAGGAAAUGAUUGAAAAACUGUAAAUAAACUGCUGCUACUGUUUUCAGAACAUGGGAAUGUUUCUCUCAUUCCCCCCCCACACUCCCCCAGUCUCCUGUGGGAAGCAGCUUCUUGUGUGCUGGCAUGGUGAUAAAAAUCAUGGCUUGUAACCUGGUGCUCCUUUGCACAUUUUAUUGAAGGAAGGAGGAAAGAAGCGACUUUAGGAAAAAACUAACUGUGACCCGUUGCCACGAGGAAAGAUCAGUGGUUUGGUACAGAGCCCUACCCCUUCUCUUGGUGAUUCCCUCCCUGGCCAAGUGUUGAGGUGCCCAGUCAUCCAGGUGUGCAUGGAGCUCUGCAGCUGUAUCUAGGCCAUGGAAAAUUCCUGAUACCCAGCACUGUUGCAAGAACAAAUGCCACUUUGAGCAGCCUGGUUUGGAAAGAGAAACCAGAUUCCACACCCUGUUUCCACUUAACCUGUCCCCAGCCCACAGAAGGCAGGUCAUCUGACAAAGAAGCUGACAGAAAGCAUCCCUCCAUCUGCUGCCUGAAAAGUUGUAACAGCAGGAAAAUGUGACCAGGAGGCCCUGUGGCAGAGGAACUUCUUAAAAAAAAAAUGGUAACAUUUUCCAGUGACUCUGUAAGCUGAAUCAAUGAUCAAAUGCAGGCUCUUUUAAAAGCAGCAUUUAAAGGCCAUGUGGGAAUUAGGGAAGCAGAAAGUAAGUGGCUGGGUGGAGGCAGGGCCCAGCUCAGUGAGCAGGCAUCCUCUAUCCAAGUAUGAGCA